UCAAAAUAAACAUUAAAAAUGUUCAACAAAGUCUUCUACAAACAGAACAUCCGACGCGUUGUUCCCGGUACUUGCCUCGUGGUGGGCGACGCCGGCGCCGGGGCGAGGAGCCCCGCGAAGGUGAAGCUCACCCUCCAGCUUAGGAGAGGGUGCUGGCGAACCACCUCACGGAAGGUGGCCGUCUUCACCUUCCAGGAGGCGUCUGGCCACGUCUCUUCCCAUGCCCUGCUGGACCUGGAGUACCUCUUCAGGUGCAGCAGCAAGCCAAGUGCCGGCACCAUGCAGGUCAAAAUCUGUGUAGUGCUGCGCUGCGGCGGGAAACGCGUGGCCCGCGCUGACCUGGAAGAUUUUCUCGGCCAGCUGCUGCGGGGUGGCCGCCUGGACUCUUUCUUCCUGUAUAUACACGAAGAAAAAGUCGCCCUCCUGCAGGCCAAUCAGCCGAUUACGGACCAAGGUACGGAAUGGCUUUUUGAGGGAGAGCCACGAGGCACACACACAAUGGUUAAGGCUGAGACUAAUGAAGAAUACGAUGAUACUAACGAAUUGGAAGACUAUACUGACGAACACAACAAAGAAUGGAAGGUUUACCUCGAAAAGGUAUUCUCCGUUGAGGAUGAAGAUGACAUCGACGAACUGGAAGACAGCGAUGAAGAAAAGUACAAAGAAUGGAAGGCUUAUCUCGAAAAGGUAUUCUCCGUUGAGGAUGAUGAUGACAUCGACGAACUGGAAGACAGCGAUGAAGAAAAGUACAAAGAAUGGAAGGCUUAUCUCGAAAAGGUAUUCUCCGUUGAGGAUGAUGAUGACAUCGACGAACUGGAAGACAGCGAUGAAGAAAAGUACAAAGAAUGGAAGGCUUAUCUCGAAAAGGUAUUCUCCGUUGAGGAUGAUGAUGACAUCGACGAACUGGAAGACAGCGAUGAAGAAAAGUACAAAGAAUGGAAGGCUUAUCUCGAAAAGGUAUUCUCCGUUGAGGAUGAUGAUGACAUCGACGAACUGGAAGACAGCGAUGAAGAAAAGUACAAAGAAUGGAAGGCUUAUCUCGAAAAGGUAUUCUCUGUUGAGGAUGAAGAUGAUGCAGACGAGUUGACCUCCGAGUUGCGGGAAGCCUCCGAUGCAGGAUAUGAAGGAGCAGAAGAGGUGACCUCCGAGUUACAGGAAGCCUCCGAUGCAGGAAAUGAAGGAGCAGAAGAGGUGACCUCCGAGUUACAGGAAGCCUCCGAUGCAGGAAAUGAAGGAACAGAAGAGGUGACCUCCGAGUUGCAGGAAGCCUCCGAUGCAGGAUAUGAAGGAGCAGAAGAGGUGACCUCCGAGUUGCAGGAAGCCUCCGAUGCAGGAUAUGAAGGAGCAGAAGAGGUGACCUCCGAGUUGCAGGAAGCCUCCGAUGCAGGAUAUGAAGGAGCAGAAGAGGUGACCUCCGAGUUGCAGGAAGCCUCCGAUGCAGGAAAUGAAGCAGCACGCGAAGCGACGUCCCCAGACCAGGAAGUUCCCCAUCAAGGCGAGUCCUCUGCACCAGUGGCCGUCUCUGCCACCCCCGCCACUGCCUCUCACGCUUAUCGCAGCCUCGCUGUGCCUCAUAGAUUCAUCAGCCGCCUUGCAGGCCCCGAGGACCGCCACCUCGAGGAUCUGCGGCGGAGCUAUGGGGUACAAAUCACGCUGAUUAAGCGAACCCUCCAUGUGAAGGGCCACAGAGACUCAGUUCUGCAGUGCCACAACUUCAUCCGUGCCAAAAUAGCAGAGUGGCGGAGGUGCGAGGCCGCUGAGGCUCAUUAAGGGACCUACAGCCACCUGGGACGGUCCGGUAACAAUGCUCGUGACCUGACGCCCGACGGAGAAAAUUAAGCUGCAGACGAGGCGACCCCCGAGUUGCGGGAAGCCUCUGUGAAGGAAAAAGUGCUGGCGAAGAGGUGACCUCCGAGUUGCGGGAAGCCUCUGUGAAGGAAAAGGUGCUGGCGAAGAGGUGACCCCCGAGUUGCGGGAAGCCUCUGUGAAGGAAAAGGUGCUGGCGAAGAGGUGACCCCCGAGUUGCGGGAAGCCUCUGUGAAGGAAAAGGUGCUGGCGAAGAGGUGACCUCCGAGUUGCGGGAAGCCUCUGUGAAGGAAAAGGUGCUGGCGAAGAGGUGACCUCCGAGUUGCGGGAAGCCUCUGUGAAGGAAAAGGUGCUGGCGAAGAGGUGACCUCCGAGUUGCGGGAAGCCUCUGUGAAGGAAAAGGUGCUGGCGAAGAGGUGACCUCCGAGUUGCGGGAAGCCUCUGUGAAGGAAAAGGUGCUGGCGAAGAGGUGACCUCCGAGUUGCGGGAAGCCUCUGUGAAGGAAAAGGUGCUG